AUGGCUGAGGUGCCCAAGAAAGGUGUUUGCAAGAGCAGGCCCUUGGAUUUGGUGUUUAUCAUCGAUAGUUCUCGCAGUGUGCGGCCCCUGGAGUUCACCAAGGUGAAAACCUUUGUCUCCCAGAUAAUUGACACUCUGGACAUUGGGGCGCUGGACACACAGGUGGCAGUGGUGAACUAUGCUAGCACUGUGAAGAUUGAGUUCCACCUCCAGACCUACUCAGAUAAGCAGUCCCUGAAACGGGCCGUGGCCCGGAUCACCCCCUUGUCAACAGGCACCAUGUCAGGCCUGGCUAUCCAGACAGCGAUGGAUGAGGCCUUCACAGUGGAGGCAGGUGCUCGGGGGCCCACUUCCAACAUCCCUAAGGUGGCCAUCAUCGUGACAGACGGGAGGCCCCAGGACCAGGUGAAUGAUGUGGCGGCUCGGGCCCGGGCAUCUGGUAUUGAGCUCUAUGCCGUGGGUGUGGACCGGGCCGACAUGGAGUCCCUCAAGAUGAUUGCCAGUGAGCCCCUAGAUGAGCACGUUUUCUACGUGGAGACCUACGGGGUCAUUGAGAAACUUUCCUCUAGAUUCCAGGAGACCUUUUGUGCUCCAGACCCGUGUGCCCUUGGCACACACCAAUGUCAGCACGUGUGUGUCAGUGAUGGGGAAGGCAAGCACCACUGUGAGUGUAGCCAAGGAUACUCCUUGAACGCCGAUAUGAAGACAUGUUCAGCUAUCGAUAAGUGUGCUCUGAACACUCAUAGAUGUGAACACAUCUGUGUGAACGACAGAACUGGUUCUUACCAUUGUGAGUGCUACGAAGGUUAUACCCUGAACGAAGACAAGAAGACGUGUUCAGCUCAAGACCAAUGUGCCUUUGGUACACAUGGCUGUCAGCACAUUUGUGUGAAUGACAGAGAUGGGUCCCAUCACUGUGAAUGCUAUGAGGGUUACACUCUGAAUGCAGAUAAUAAAACGUGUUCAGUUCGCAGCAAGUGUGCUCUGGGCUCGCAUGGUUGCCAGCACCUUUGUGUGGACGACGGGGCCGCGGCCUACCACUGCGAUUGUUACGUGGGCUACACCCUGAAUGAAGACAAGAAGACGUGUUCAGCCAUUGAAGAAGCACGAAGACUCAUCUCCACAGAAGAUGCUUGUGGAUGUGAAGCCGCACUGGCAUUCCAGGAUAGGGUCAACUCCUAUCUGCAGAGACUGAAUGCCAAACUUGAUGACAUUUUGGGGAAGUUGCAAGCAGAUGAAUAUGGACAAAUACAUCAUUGAAUUACUCAGAUUUUUCACCUGGAAAUACGGAGGGCUUGGUGUAUUUAAUAUUUUUGCAUACUUCAAUGUUCCUGCUAAUAAUUUGCCAUUGCAAAUGCUUGGAUAUUACUGGAUAAGUAGUAUGAGGAUCUUCUGGAGAAUCAGUAUUUUUUUUUAAGGAAAUAAUUACGUUCACAUCUUUAAGAGCAAACUUUAGUGUCUCUAAGCUAUGACUGUGAAAUGAUUCAUAGGAAAUAGAAUGAAAGUUUAGUAUUUCUUUACCAAUUGAGCCAUUUAAUUUUUAAAUGUUUAUAUUAAUAAGAUAACCAUUCUUACAAUGGGAACUUUUGAUCUAUUUUCUCUUGAUAGUAUUUAUAGUAUAAACCAGUCUUAUUGAGAGUGUGAAUUAUACAAAGUAUUUACACAUAAAAAAGUUCAUAUAAUUGAACUGAGGUGAAUAUAAUUUAGAACUCUUUCUUUAACGCUUUGUUUUUGCUCAGCUUUUGUUGGAGUAUUACUGAAGCUGUGAUCAGGGGAUUGUAACAUGCAUAUCUAGAUCAAGUGAACACUACAUGAAAUAUUAUAAGAAACCCAUAACUAAAGACUUUAGUUUUGAAUUAAGAGUGUUAUAACUUUUUACUAAGGAUAAAAAAAUCCUACAUUAUCUUUACUGUUUCACUUUAGGAUCCAAUCAAUAAAAUUAUAUAUUUAUAAAUAUUGCUCUAACAAGUAACAACAAACCUAAUGUCUUUUUAAAGUUUUAAAGUU